AAAUGUGAAACACUGUUUGAUAUAGGUUAUAUGAGAUUGGUUGAUAUGGUUGAAAUAUUUGAAAGGCCUAAUUGUAUUGUGGUGAUGGUUGUAGUGGUAAAACCAAUGAUGAUUGCAGCAGUUGAAAUGGUGAUAAAAUUAAUUGUGGUUGUAUUUGUGGUGAUUGCUGUAACAGUUGCAUUUGUGGUAGUAGUUGUUGUAUAA